GUACCUUGUCUUCUAACCAGGACUGGUGAGAGAGACCUUUUGAAGAUGCAGAAAUCUUUGAUGUUGUUCAGAGUUUUCAUGGUGAUAAAUCUCCUGGUCCAAAUGGCUUUUCUAUGGCAUUUUUCCAAACUUGCUGGGGGAUUGUCAAGCCUAAUCUUAUGGUUGUAUUUCACCACUUUUUUGCUAAAGGUCAGUUUGAGAAAAGCUUAAACGCUACUUUAUUACUCUCAUCCCUAAAAAACAUGUAGCAAGUGAGAUUAGGGAUUUCCGGCCCAUUAGUCUUGGUUGGUGGGGGGGGGGGGUGUUUAUAAAAUUAUUGCUAAAGUCUUGGCUAACUGACUUCACAUGGUUAUGGGGGAUAUAAUCCCAGCAUCUCAGAAUGCUUUUGUGAGGGAUAGAUAGAUCCUUGACUCUGUUCUUAUUGCUAAUGAAUGUCUUGAUAGUAGAUUGAAGUCUGGGAUGCCGAGGCUGAUUUGUAAAGUGGAUGUUGAGAAGGCUUUUGACCAUGUAAAUUGGAGUUUUCUAUUCCAAAUGUUAGAAAGAAGUGGGUUCUCAGCCAAGUGGAGACAAUGGAUUUUCUUUUGCCUAUCUAUUGUCCGCUUCUCUAUCUUGAUUAAUGGUUCUCCUUGUGGGUUUUUUGGUAGCUCUAGAGGUUUGAGACAAGGUGACUGGGAAGAAUGUUGGAUAAAGCAGUUCAUAAAGGCCGCUUGUCAGGAUUUACUGUGGGUAACUCGGAGGGAAGAUCCUUGGCAGUGUCUCAUCUCCUUUUCGCGAAUGACACUUAUUUUUUGUGAUGCUGAUCUAGACCAGAUUUUGAUUCUCCAUAUGAUUCUUAUUUGGUUUGAGGCAGUGUUGGGGCUAAAGAUUAAUCUGGGCAAGUUUGAAUUGGUUCUGGUUGGAGUAGUGUGUAAUAUUGAUUUAUUGCUAAAUGUCCUUGGCUGCAAGCAGGGCUCUCUGCCAAUGAAAUAUCUGGGUCUUCCUUUGGGUGCUAAUUUCAAGGAUAAGACUAUAUGGAAUCCGAUUCUAGAGAAAAUGGAAAGGAAAUUGGCGCGUUGGAAACGCUUGUAUUUAUCAAAGGGAGGUAGAGUCACUCUAAUCAAAAGCACCCUUUCUAAUUUACCCACUUACUUUCUAUCUCUAUUUCCUAUACCUGCUAGUGUGGCUAACCGAAUUGAGAAGCUUCAGUGGAUUUUCUUAUGGGGCGGUUUUGGUGAUGAACCUAAAAUUCAUUUGGUUAAAUGGGCUACUGUAUGCAUUCCUAUUUCUUCGGGUGGAUUAGGGAUAAGGAAGAUAAGACUUUUCAAUAUAGCUCUACUUGGGAAGUGGUUAUGGAGAUUUGGGAUUGAGAGGGAUGCCCUUUGGAGACAAGUGAUAGAGUUGAAAUAUGGAUGUCUGUGGGGGGAUGGUGUACCAGAUCUGUUAAUGGUCCUUACGGUGUUGGUUUAUGGAAGAGUAUCAGUCAGGGAUGGCCUUCUUUCUCACGCCAUAUUCUGUAUGAUAUUGGUGAUGGGUCCAAGGUGAAGUUUUGGCAAGACUAUUGGUGUGGAGAGACACCUCUUGCAGUUAGCUACCCUUCGGUUUUCCUUGGAGAAGUAUUUGGAAGCAGAAGAUUCCCUCUAGAGUAGCUUUCUUUGUAUGGUCUACUGCCUUUGGGAAAUGCUUCACGAUUGAUAAUUUGCGAAAAAGGAAGGUGUGGAUUUUGGAUUGGUGCUACAUGUGCAAGAGUAAUGGUGAAUCGGUUGACUAUCUCUUCCUUCAUUGUCCCGUUGCUAUGGAUCUAUGGUCUAUGGUUUUGGGUUUAUUUAGAGUGUCUUGGGUUAUGCCACAUACUGUUUUGGGGCUGUUAGGGUGUUGGCAAGGCAGCUUUGGUUGUCAACGAAAUGGUUGUAUAUGGUCCAUCGUUCCUCAUGGCUUACUAUGGUGUCUUUGGAGGGAGAGAAAUAGUCGUUGUUUUGAAGAUAUUGAGAGAUCUAUUCCGGACCUCAAGCUAUUCUUUUUUAGAACUUUGUUGGAUUGAUUGUUUGCUUUGCAAAACCAAUCAUUCCCUUCUUUUAUUGAUUUCCUAGAUUCCUGCAAUUAUUGUUUUUGAUUUGUUGUCCCCUUGUUCACUCCC